AUGUCUUCCUCCGUUGUUUUGCCGGAGAUCGGACUUUGUUCGGUUAACGGCAAGUGGUACGCACUCCAUCAAGGGGAGGGACGAAUGGGCCACCCCUUGGUGGAUAAUAUGAUAUUACAACGACAAGGCAGGAAGCUGGCAAGUCCGACGAUUGCUGCUUCACCUGCACAAGUACAACGAACAGCGGCCAAGGGGAGGGACGAAUGGGCCACCUCUUGGGACCGCAACAACGACAAUGCAGCAAGCCGGCAAGUCCGAUGA